AUGAAUUUGUUUCAGGAAUUUUCUGCAAACGAAUUACUAUUCGAUGGAAUUAAAUUUUGUCCUAACGGUGCAAUAAGAACCGGUGAAAUAAAUCCCGGUAGAACAUCUCCCAUGGAAUCAAUUACCGAUGAUACAACCACCUUGAAAACAACUACUGAUGAAACAACAACCUUAGAAACAACCACCGAUGAAACAACUACCGGUGUAACAACCACUUUGGAAACAACUACCGAUGAAACAACAACCUUAGAAACAACCACCGAUGAAACAACUACGGAUGAAACAACCACAUUGACAACAACUACAGAUGUAACAACCACUUUGGAAACAACUACCGAUGGAACAUCAACCAUUGAAACAACCACUGGUACAACAAUCCCAGAUGUAAUAGAUUCAGUUUGUUCAAAAUUAAAUGAUAUGGUUGCGAGUAAUAACUAUAUGAGAAUUAUUGAUAGAGAUGAAGAUGGAUUAUCAUUCGCGUUCUUAAGACAUAGGCACAAUAACAGCGUAGAGAGCUUUUUAAUUAAAGCUGGUAUGAAUGUCGUAGAGGAUGUUGGAAACCUGUUAAAAUGGCGGAAUGAUGAUAUCUUGAAUAUGUGGAAUGACGGUGAAAAUAGCCAAGUUUGUAAAGAAGUUAGAGGAAGAGAUUUUCUGAUUUUCCCACCACACGCUACCAAAGAAGAUACAGUUGAUAUAUUUCGAAGUGAUAUAUGUAGAGUUGUUUCAAUGAAAUUCGAAGAUAAUGAAGAAUAUAAGGGUAUUCCCGGUUAUAGGUAUGAACAAAAAGAAGAUACUUUCACAAAUGACGGAAAUCAAUCAUGUUAUUGCACAAGAAACACCAGAGAUAUCAAUGGGGAAGAUACGUGCUGGCCAGAUGGUUUCAUGGAUUUAUACACCUGCUUAAAUACAAUGUUUAUCAUGUCGAAUCCACAUUUUCUCAACGCGGAGGAAUCUGAAUUUGCCCAAACAGUAAUUGGAUUAGAACCAAAAAAAGAAGAUCAUGGAUCUUAUGUUGUUUUUGAACCGGUUUAUAUUGAAACAAAUACUGGUACUGUGUUAAAAGCUGUUAGGAGAACUCAAUUUAACAUGGUUUUAAGACCCAUUAGUUUUACUGUGGAUAGUAACUAUGAUAUUGUUGGACGUGAAAUUAAUGGAGAAAAUGAUGGAGAAGAUGAUGGAGAAGAUAAUGGGGGAAAUGAUGAAUCGAAGGAAGACCGAAAAGUUUAUAUUGAAGCAACUAGAAAUCUUCCUAGAGCGGUUAUGCCUAUAUUUUGGGUUGAAGAAGAAAUGGAAUUACCAUAUAAUUACGUAAGAGAAUUACGUGUUAGAUAUUUCGAUCAAUUAGUUAUGGUUGAUGUCGUUACAUGGGUUCUAAUUGGUUUUGGAAUAUUAAUAUUUUUUAUUGGAUUAAUAUUUGUAUUCAUAUGUUGA